GGUGUUCGCCGGGGAUGAUCGUUCGGUUGCUCGGUCUGAGCGAUCAGUUGCUUUUGAAUCGAGUUGGAGUGCAAACGUCUCAAGCGGAAUCUCAAGUUGUAGCGCUAAACGCAGCGAACGGAGUGCGAUCUGUAUCUGUAUCUCUGUGGCUCCAUCGCUGGAGAAUAUACAAAGUUGAACCAAGUUUGCCACCACGUUUGCCUCUGGCCGAAACACAUCCCGAAUCGAAUCCAAAUAUCUGUAAUUUGCAUAAGGCGUAAACCAAGACGCGCUCUGUCUCCUCUGUCAGUUGUAACCCACUUUCUAAACGACCCAACAACGGCCAAACAAAAAUAACAAGCAAACAAACAAAAUAUAGGAGAAUAAUACUGCGACCGAUAUUCAGCAACAACGAAACCAAUUAACAAGCAAAUAAUGCCGAGGAAAUAACACAACGUGCAAGUGAUUCAUGGGAAUUCAAGUUUUUUUCUACCAAGUGAAGUAGUGCCCUGUCCCCUCAAGAAAAAAAUCAAAUCGUAAACGAAAUCGAAACAUAGCUGAAAACGCCUCAAACAAAAAGUUGACUGAAAACGCAUUCGCGAUAACGAUACCUUGGAACGCCCCCGACCAACUGUGGAAACCGCAGCAGCAGCAGCAGCAGCUUCAUCAUCUCCAUCUUCUCAGCCAGCAAAUACGGAUUGCAAACAACCCGGAUUGUAAAAAUCCAAAUUAGAAGCUGAGGAAAACCACACGAAGGAGCCAAAGUUCAAGCAGAAUAUGGCCUAAGGCUGUUCGUCGACAACGAGCAACGAGAAGCCUCCACGAUGUCGUCCUCCAUCUGUGCGCACUUCACCCAGAAUGCCUGGAAGAAGGACCUCUGUUCGAACUGCUUCAAAUCCAAGGACGAGCAUAAGGCAGCCGCCGCAGCAGCCGCCUCCAAGUCCGGUGGCAGUAGCCACAAGGCUGAGAGUCAAGUGAAGACAGAUUAUCCCAACAAACACAAGACGCCGGCCAAGAGCAUCAUCAAGAAGGCCUUUGGCGUGAGACUGACCAGCUCCAGCUCAGGCUCCGGCUCCAGCUCCAGCUCAAGCAAGUCUGGGAGCUCCAAGACUGGCAAGGUGUGCUUUCCCAAGCAGCUGCACGAGAUCAUUGGCUAUGGGGGCGAGUGGUCAGACGAUGAUGACGACGACGAUGAUCACGAUUUUAUGAACCUGGGCAAUGAGCACGACGACAUGGCCAUCACGGAGACGGAUGAUGAGGAGACAGUGGAACUCAAGAGGAUCACUCGGGCCAACACUGACUUCAACAUGAACAAUGGCAACCUGCUGGGUGAUGCCGAGGACAAUAUCAAAAAGUCCUUUGCUGCUCUAAAGCUGGGGGCUCCGCAGGUGGACAAGGAGGGCAAGAAGCAAACCCUCACGAUCAAUGUGAUGCCCUUCGGGGAGCCCCUAGGAAAGAGUGCUGCCUCCACUGCUGCUAAGAGUACCAGCGCCACAGCAGUCACUUCCUCUGCAGGAGCAACGCCAGCCAAGGCCAAGCUUGCUACCGUGACCACAACCGCCAUCAAGAGCAGCAGCAGCACCACCACCACCAGUACAGGAACAGCCAGUGUCACCAAAAAAGUGACUACCACCUUGACGCCCACGCUGACCAUGACCAAGAGCAGCAAAACCACAGUAGCAGCCAGCACAGUGGCCACAACCACAUCCUCGCGAGAUGGCAAGGACAGUCCACCCAUUGAGCGGGCCAUGGAGAAGUCCCUGCUGGACGAGAUCUCCGAGACACUAGAGCAGAACCACAAGCAGAGCGAGACCGGAACCACUAGCGGAGCCUCUGCCAGCGGAAGUGGAGGCGUUAGCAGCCACGUUACCGGCACCAGCAACAAAAUCAAGUUUGAGCUGAGUGCCCUGAGUGACGCGCCGAAGCCAUUUCUUGACCUUAAGAAGCCCAUCGCACGGAAUGCACCCAUCACCCGGGACCAGACCAAACCCAAGGUGAACGUGUGCCACAAGUACUCGGACACUGACAGCAACUGCUCGGACACGGAGAACGGGGUGUCCGCCUACUACGACGUGGUGGAGACUCAGCUGAGCUACGAGAACCUGCCCGACGGCAAGUACUCGGAGCAGGUGGGCGUGGCCACUGCCGCCCAGACGGAUGCCUCUGGGAACUCGCACUACUCCAGCUCGCAGUACAUCACGGACAUGCUGCUCAGCUCGAAGACGCGGGCAGCCAGCUACAACCUGCACGAGGGCAACUUCAUGACCAGCAAGAUCACCUCCGAUGGCCUGAUCGUGACCAAGUGCAGCUCGGAUGAUGCUCUCGACUCCACGGGCAGCAGCUUUGAUGGGAGCUCCGACGAGGAGAAUGCCUACAACAUGAUCCGCAGCGAGUCGGACUCGGGGAUCGGCAUCAGCUUGGGCAGUGAGUACAAGAACCUGGGCGCAGCCAAGGGAGCGGCUAACCAGCAGCUUCUGGUGGAGAAGAAACUCAGUGCGAGCACCAACAACUCGGACUACGAGGACAUCCAAGUGGGAGAUCAGGCGGGGGCCAAGCCGGCAGUCAAAAGUCGAGAGCUCCACGGUGAGCCCGAUGGCAGCGCCGAUCCGGACAACAGCCUGGAGCUGAAGCAGCAGCAGAAGGAGCAGCCAGAGCAGCAGGUGCUACCCGCCUUGCCCAAGUCACCGCCGCCGCCAAUGAAAAUCGAUGCCCGGCCCUCGUUCUUGCAUGGCCUCAAGAAGCCAGAGCUACCAGUGAAGCCACUGGUGACCAACAGCAGCAAUUCCAGCUCCGUCUCCGGCACCAACUCCAGUAACCACUCGCCGCUGAAGAGCUUUCUGGGCAAGCGACAGCCCAGUUGCGCCGAGCAGCAGUUCAUCAGCCAGCUGCAGUCGGCCAUCUCCAAGUCCAGCGAGAGUCUGCUCUUGGCCAAAGAGAGUCUAGCCGCUGACGAGGCCAAGCUGAAAAAGGGCAAGGCCCCGAAUCCGCCGCCGGAGCCGAAGCUGAGCGCUCCGCCCACGCCGGAGCGGGACUACAGUCUGGUAGUUGAGUUCGAGCAGGCUACGAAAGCGGCCGCAAAGCCAGCGGAAAAGACCACGUCACCGGGCUCGAGUGAUUCACCAUCCGGAGAUAAAUCAGCACCCGUUGGAGCUGCUCCAGGAGCAGUCUCAGGAUCUGCCACAGUGACAGGCUCACCUUCUGCCAACAAUAGCAGUCUGUACACCAGGAAAGCCGCCCUCCCGGCGGCCGGAGCAGCACCGGUCAUCCGGGAGAAGGACAAGCGAGAGCGGGCCGUGAUCAAUCCCAAAUUCCGCAGCCUCAACACCUUCGUGAUGCAGCGUGCCAAUGCCGCCAAGCAGCUGCAGCUGCAGUCUGCCAGCUCGGUGCUGAGCUUGAAGCAACCGAUGACGCCAGAGCCAACGCCCCGUAAUCAGCGUCACCUGUCCAUGUCGGAGGAGUGCCUGGCCGCAGCUGGUCUCGACAAGAAGUCGUCGUCGCCCUCGGCCUCGCCGCCGCAGAAGCAAAAGUCUAAAUUCUCCAUCAAGAAGUUUUUGCGCAUGGGCAGCAACAGUGGCAGUGGCGCCAAGUCCGGAGAAUCUCUUAACAAGAAAGAGUCGAGUAUUUACACGGAAAUCUGCACUGGCACGGAGGAGGGCAGUGCCUCUGGCAAGCCUCGCCUGGUGAUUAUCCAUCCCAUUGACAUCAAUCCCACAGCCGUGGAGGUGGUGAAGGACAUCACCAAGACUAGUGACUCUGUGUCGGCUCAGACCGUGGCCGUGGUCACAGCGAAGCCACCAGCUCCGCCGCUACGCUCCAGUGCCAGCGAGGGACAGCGCGCCCAUGAGGCCAACAAACCGGCGCGUCCUCCGCCGCCCAAGAGUGCCGAGCUGCGGCGCAAGCAGAAGACGGAACUGACGGCCACAUUGAGUGCCAGCAGCGUGGAGUCCACAGUCCUGGCUUCGGGCAAUGGUUCCGGAUCCGUCAAGCUGAAGGCCGACAAUGUCUAUGCCAAUUUGGGAGAAAUCCGCUCCUCAAUCGCCCCGCGCAAGCCGGAGCGCACUGCCAGCAUGCGGGAGCGUGAGGCUCAGCUGGAACUGGUGCGCAAGCGCGGUGUCCUUACCGACACUAUCUCCAUUUGCUCGUCAAACGGUGAGAAUGUAGCUACGGAUCAGGGCAAGGAAUUGUCUAAGCCAACUGCCACCGGCUCUGGACUCCAGCCAGAAGCUUCUGGAAAGUCCGCAUCUUCGGCCAACAGCCGGACCAGCACCUUUGAGCGGACCAUGCCGCAAAAGAAGAGCGAGCCGAAGAUGUCCAUUUCCAGCAAACUGGAGAUCUUUGAGCAGCGUUCGAACUCUGGAGAUGCCACGGACACAGCCCAGAGGAGCAGCCUGAAGGAUUCAGUGCGCAAGAUCAACAGCACCAUUGAUAGUUACCUGAAGGACAAGCGCGACUAUGAAAAUAUGUACGAGUUUGUGAAGAUGGGUUCGCCGCCGCCGACCACGGCUAAUGGCCCAGCCACGCCCACUUCUGCCUCCACUUCAACGCCUCCGCCGCCGCCAACGCGCAGCAAUCUAGAUCUGGCUUCCGUGGCUGGUCAGAGAUUAACCCAGGCCACGAGGCGCAAUAUCAACAACAACAACAUCUACUCAGACACGGCCUCCAUUGCCAGCUAUACGCGCAGCGAAUAUGGUCCAGUGCGGAACUAUGGAUUGAACAAUAGUUUGGCGAACAUUCCACGCAUCAUCUCCGCCUCGUAUGCCGGCAGUGAGGUGGGCGAGUUCGACAUCUAUGCUCCGUAUAGCUAUUACGGCAGCGAGGCAGGCGGCGAUGUGGCAACGGACAUCAACGACAGCGUCUGGGGCAUGCCACAGGGCAAUAAGAACCGCAGCAAGGCCACGAAUCGUUUGCGCAUGCGCAAGGGACGCAGUGUCGUGCACAAGACCAUCGAGGACAACUACACCGCCGUGGUGGUGGCCAAUCACGAGGCCCUAGCCCAAGUGCUCGAUCAGCUCCAGCAAACUCCCGUGGUGCCAACAGCCCUGCGUCCUCUGGCCAAUGCCAUCAACUUGCGCUACGAGGACUUCUCCAUACUGGAGGGCGCCCAGGCCUUUGUGGUGGGCAAGAAGGCCUUCCAUGCAGCACUGUGGAGCUCAUCGCCGGUGACCCUGGCCCUGUCCGCCGACUGUAACCAGUUGGGCGGCGUGGGUGGCGAGCUGAGCCAGCUGACCGGCGGAGUAAGUGAUGUGCUCAAUCCAGUGACCGAGUUCUGCGAUUUGGUGCCCAGCUACCAGCUGCCACUGAUGCCCUCCACCGAGGUGACCCUGUUGCAGGCCACCAUCUCGGUGCUGCCCAGACUGCAGCUGGAGACACUGCAGUCGAUCGGAGCAAUACUCAAGGGCAAGUCGCAGGUGCUGGACAAGAGCAACUUCAACUUCCGCGGCUCCAUUCCCAAUCUCAGUGGCCUGAAGGAUGGUAAUGGCUCGAGCGCCGGAAAUCUACGGAACGUGGUCUCCGUACAGAAUCUGAGCACCCUGAACGAGGAAUCGCCGAGCAUUACAGGCUCUGGAGAGGAUGGUUGCAGCAAUGCCAAUGCCAUGCCCGCAUUCGAUGAUGUAAUGACGCGGGAGGUGGCCUUCAUAAUGCUGCAGCUGGUCAAUGGAAUGAAGAACCUGCAGGCCAAGGCGAUCGAGGAGACGCCGCUUAGUUUGUCCAAUGUGGUACUGUCCAAGGACAUGGACAACAAGGAUGCCCAGGCACGUCUCUGUGUGCUGCAGGGCAACAACAACGACGAUGAUGAGCCCAUGGGCACGCUGUGCAAGUGCGCCCACUCCGCGCUGACCGACAUGCUGCCCGCCACCAAGAUCACGCCCGUUCUGGCGGACAUCCUUCAGCAGGAGCGAGCCGAGUCGCUGUCCAAGGCCAAGGCCGUGCUGGAGUUUGUGCUGUGGGGUCCCUCGGAUGUGGCGCUCACGGGUUCUGUGAAGGAGCGGGAACUGGCUCUGCAACGCUGGCUGGAUCUGGAAAGGGCCACGGUGCUUCACGGACUAGUGCGCACCCGGGUGGAGUUGACCGUGUACGACGAGUGUCAUCUGAUGUUCCUCGUCCGCUCCACGGCCAAGAUGAUGAACGAUGCGGCCAAGAUCGUGUGCAGCUACCAGCAGCAGGCAGCUGCCAGCGGACCGGCCAGCCAGGAUUAGUUCCAGAUAGAUGUUCUUCUAGUUAAACCCGAACACAACACAAGGCUAAAGGAAUUAUCUUAACCAUACUAUACGAAUACGAAACUGUCAUAGACACUUAGUCCAUAGCGUCAACGAAUGAAACAUAUAUAAAUAUAUUCUCAAUCGCCCCAUUUACGCAUAAAAUACAUAUAUAUAAUAUAUAUAUAUCUAUAUAUCUUUGCCCAGCGUGCCAAAUUGUUUCGCGCGGAAAUUGUCAUGUAAAAAUAUAUGCCUAUAUCAAGCGAUUUGUGCAACUUUAAUUAAUUUGUAAUCUACUUGUAAGUCACCUAAUAUAAACGAAUAUAUUUAUACUUUCCUGUAAGCGUACAUACGUUUGUAUACUUUAUCGGAUUGCAAUCAACUAUUAUAUAUGAGAGAGUAUGCCAACAAUUUGAUUAGCAAAACGAAACAAAACUCUUUGGUGUUUGAACAAAUACUUAUACAUAUAAAUAUAUAUGGUAAACCUAAACAAAAUACAGUCUAAAUAAAUGGAAACCUAUAAGCA